CCCCCCCAAACCCAAACCCCAACUCUCAGCCUCUCCCUCUCUACCAACAAAUUUUUUCCAAAGCCUCCUUCUCCCUCGUUCUUUAUAGCUGAGAUGGCGAAAGGUGGCAAGCUGACCAAGCUCAAGUCAGUUCUCAAGAAAUGGAACUCAUUCAGCAAGCAAGGGCGCGUGAACGUCAGCCCCGUUCCCUCUGCUGGCGACGACGAUUCCUCCACCAUCGCCAGAGACCUCCACCCCGUCUACGUUGGCAAGUCAAGGCGGCGCUACCUUGUUAGCUCGGACGUCGUUGACCAUCCGCUCUUCAGAGAGCUUGUGGAGAGGUCCGGCAACUCUGACGACACCAUCAACGUGGCAUGCGAGGUCGUGUUGUUUGAGCACUUGCUUUGGAUGCUGGAGAAUGCUGAUCCACAGCCGGAGUCAUUGGACGAGCUCGUUGAGUUCUAUGCUUGCUGAUCAUCACUGCGGCGACAUGAGCCAUGAGACAUGGUUAUUAUAAGUUAUUAACUCUUGGGCGGGGUGACUAAAAUAACUAAGAGGGUCAUGUGGUAUGGGAUCCUAUAUAUGCAGGGUGAUUCUCUGUGGUCAUCAUUCGCACGGUAUAAUAUAUAUAUAUAUAUAUAUAGUUGUACAUUCUUUGAAGUUUAAUAACGAUUAGCGGUGUAGAGAAAAAUGGAAUUAAGAUAGCUACAGAAGAUCAGAGGCAUGCUGUGAUCAUGAGCGUUUGAGUGAUUGAACGGUGAGGAUUAACCCUUUUCACACCGGCUAAUGAUCUCCUGGCCUGGUGGAAAUUAUCAUUUGUUCUUCUUCAUUUGUACUUAUAUAAGAUAUGUUUAUUUCUGUAUAAUUAGAGAAAUUAAUAUAUGUUUUCACUGAUCAUGAGCCUUAA